AUGCCGAGUACCGCUCUUGCUCACAAUACUAGGGAUGCUCACGGAGUCUCUAAAAGGUCCAACAACAAUGCCCCGAAACGGAAGCGUGCGCCGACUCCCGAGGAAUGGGAGCGUAUCCGGCCGCUGUUCGAGCAAUAUCUACUGGAAGAAGAGAAGCCAUUGACAAGAGUGCGUGAGAUAUUGUCAAAGUAUCAUAAUUUCGAAGCCGAGCUGCACUCGUUCAAGUUAAGACGCAAACAAUGGAAGCUUGGGGACAACUUCAAUGAUGGGGAGCUCGAGGCGGCGGCGAAAGAGGCCAAGAGACUGUCGGAUCUGGGACAAGAGCCUCCACAAGAGAUGGCAAUCGAUGGCCGGAUCAUUCCUUGGGAUCGAGUCAGACGCAAAUUCAGGAGAGACCAGAAGGGAGCCUGGCGCAAAUAUGACUGCGCCUUCCUGCGGCAACCGCUCCGACCUUCCAAAAGCUCAAUCAGACCGGUUUCGUUGAGGAGUGGACAACUUGAAGAUGACGUCGAGUGUAUUUUGUUCCGAAUCAGCACUUAUUUUCCUGUGUGUCUUGUUGCCGAGACUAGGGUUCCUGCAGGGGAACCACUGCCUGUCAGAGCCCCAUCGUCCUGUGUUGACGAAAUGAGCCACGUGUUGGACGAGGGAGUGGCGUUGCUCGAUUACAAUCGACCUGAAGUUGGAUGGCCCAUGAUCAACAAGGCAUGUAGCCAAGUCGAAGAUGCCUUGGGUAAAGAGGAGGUUGACCUGCUACCAACGUUGAUCAAAAUCCUGUGCGGGACACGAUUGCGCGGCCACAAAGAUCUGUACAACCACGUCGUCGGGUUCUACUACUCAAUGUCUAAGAAGACCUUAGGAAUCAAGCAUCCAGUGACAGCUAUCUUGGAUACGUGGAGGAAGGCGGAAAAGCCGUGGACUGCGGCUGAGCUGAUGUACCGUGUGAUUCUGAACAUCGUCGACAAGAAGAAGCCUACCAACCUCGAGCCCAGCGUGGUGUACUUUCUCGAGAGGUACUAUAUCACGGAGGUUACGAGCAGGGGAGAUGUUUCGGUCGCGCGGGGUCUGGCCGAAGCCAGAUGGCGUGAACGGCAUGAGAUGUUGGGAGCCACCCACCCAUUCACUGUGGCCAUGCUGCACCAGCGUCUGGAGAUCUACCUGAAGCAAGACCUCGUUGACGCGGCAGAGGAAAUUUCGCGUGCGAUCUUGGACCUAGGCGACCGUGACUACGAGGCAAAAGGGAGGAGCCACCACUAUGUAUAUGCUAUGCACAUCGGCCGCGAGUACUACAACCGGGGAAGAUACGCCGAGGCCGAAGCUUGUUUCAGUCGUGCCGCGCUGUGGGUGCCAACGAUUGUCUCCAGGACUCGCAGCUACUAUAUUCGCAUCGAAAAGGAGGUUGAAGGGUUGCGAAAGUUGAAAGAAAUGGGUCUAUUCGAGCCUCUUCCGGUAGGCUGGAAUCGAGAUGACGAAGACGGGAACGAAUGUGAAGACGAAGACGCACAAGGGAGACUGGGAGAUGAGGAAGAAUACCAAGAUGAGGAAGAAUACCAGGAUGAGGAUGGAGGUGGACAGGUAGAUGAGGAUGGAGAUGGACAGGUAGAUGGGAUGGAGAUGGACAAGUAG